AUGGACAAGAUUGUUGUUAAUGUUAAUGGUUCUGAACCCAAUACUCCAAGAAGACCAACUUUGGUUCUUUCCAGUUCCGGUAACCCUCUGCUUGUUUCUAACUCAUCAUCGGGCAAAUCUCUGUCUUCAUCAAAAUCCAAUAAUGUGGGUAAGAAGAAGUAUGUGAGGCAAGUCACAGGUCGCCACAAUGACACCGACCUCCACUUGGCUGCGCAGCGUGGCGAUGCUGUUGCUGUUAGGAAGAUUCUCAAUAUGAUUGAUGCUCAGAUGGUUGGAACUCUUAGCAGUGCUGAUUUUGAUGCAGAGGUUGCUGAGAUAAGGUCUGCUAUUGUCAAUGAUGUCAAUGAGUUAGCAGAGACGGCUUUGUUCGUUGCAUCUGAUAAAGGGCACCUUGAUGUUGUCAAGGAGCUCUUGAAAUAUGCUUCUCCAGAGGGUGUUUCGCUCAAAAAUGAUCUCGGUUUUGAUCCUUUGCAUAUUGCUGCUAGCCGUGGUAACCAAGCCAUUGUUCAGUUGCUACUAGAUCAUGAUCCGGGGCUAAUAAAGACAUUUUCCCAAUCAAAUGCAACCCCUCUUAUAUCAGCAGCGACAAGAGGGCACACAAGUAUUGUUGAUCUUUUGUUGUCAUAUGAUCCUAGUCAACUGGAAUUAUCUAAAUCCAACGGAAAGAAUGCACUCCAUUUGUCUGGCCGCCAAGGACAUGUUGAUGUUGUAAGAAUAUUGCUUAUGAAGGAUCCACAACUUGCUAGAAGAACUGAUAAGAAAGGACAAACUGCACUGCAUAUGGCUGUGAAGGGAGUGAGUCUUGAAGUGGUGAAGCUAAUUCUUGAUGCAGAUGCAGCAAUUGUCAUGCUGCCAGAUAAGUUUGGCAAUACUGCGUUACAUAUAGCCACCAGGAAAAAGAGGGUAGAGAUAGUGAAUGAGCUAUUGCUUCUUCCAGAAACCAAUGUGAAUGUCCUAACAAGGGACCAAAAAACAGCUCUUGAUAUUGCUGAAGCACUCCCACCAUCUGAAGAAAUCUUAGACAUCAAAGAUUCCCUUGUUCGUUAUGGUGCAGUUAAAGCCAAUGAUCUCAACCAGCCAAGGGAUGAGCUUAGGAACACUGUGACACAGAUUAGAAAGGACGUUCGUACACAGCUUGAACAAACUCGGAAAACUAAUAAAAAUGUGAAUGGGAUUGCCAUGGAGCUACGCGAGUUGCACAGGGCAGGUAUCAACAAUGCUACUAACUCAGUAACAGUGGUUGCAGUUCUCUUUGCCACAGUUGCAUUUGCUUCUAUUUUUAGUGUUCCUGGUGGUGAUGAUGAUAAUGGGGUGGCAGUGAUGGUAGGCACAUUAGCUUUUGAUAUCUUCUUUAUCUCCAAUGCUAUUGCGCUUUUUACAUCAUUGGCUGUUGUGGUGGUUCAAAUCACACUCGUAAGAGGGAGAACAAAGUCUGAGAUGAGAGUUACCAAGGUAAUCAAUAAGAUGAUGUGGUUAGCAUCUAUUUGCACCACCAUUGCAUUCACAUCAGCAUCUUAUAUAGUAGUUGGUCCGCAUCACAAGUGGGCUGCAAUGUUUGUCACCAUUUUGGGGGGUGUUAUGAUGGUAAGUGUUCUUGGUACUAUGACAUAUUAUGUGCUUAAGAGUAAACGUUAUCAAAGAGCGAGGAAGAAAGAGAAUAACUUAAUGAGUGGAUUAAACUCAGGGUCAGAAACUGAAAUAGAAGCAAACCCAAUUUAUGCCAUUUGA